AUGCAAAUUAAAAAUAUACUUGGAUUAACAUUAAUUAUUAUAUAUUUUGCAGAAUAUGUAAAAUCUGUGUCACUUUUGGAAGCAUAUGAAAUUCGUAAACGUGUUCGAAAUGAUUUAGAUGCUCCAAGACAUAUAUAUAAAACACCAGAAACAAUUGGAAGAGAUAUUGAAAAUACUCCCAGUUUGUUUAUUGGUGAUGAUGGUGAAUUUUAUAUUGCACCACCACUUAACAAAUUAAAACAGUAUCUAAUAAUAGCUAAAGAAAGAAUUGAUUUUGAAAGAGGAUUUCAUCGAAGACAUAUAUCAAUACAUAAUACAUAA